AUGCUCUUCAAUUCGUUGUUCUAUUUCUUCCUUGGUGCAGUCAGUGCCUGGACCCCACAGUCCAGAGUGGCUGCGAGGGCCAACGGCGAACAGCUUACCGAGAGAUGGCUACCAAGCGACAAAAAGAUCCGUGGAGUCAAUCUCGGCUCGCAAUUCAUCAUUGAACGAUGGAUGGCCGAAGAAUCAUGGAAGACCAUGGGCUGCAGCGCCUACAAUGACGAGUGGCAAUGUGUCAAGGGUAUUGGUCAAGCCAAAGCCAACGCCGCCUUUAAAAAGCACUGGGAGACUUGGAUCACAGAAGAUGACAUCAAGCAAAUUGCAAGUCUUGGUCUCAAUGCCGUUCGCAUUCCUAUAGGGUACUGGAUGCACGAAGACAUUAUCCAAGAUGGCGAAUACUGGCCCCGAGGCGGCAUCUGGCAUCUUGAUCGCAUUGUCGGCUGGUGCAAGGACCAUGGUAUUUACGUUCUGAUCGGUCUUCACUCUGGCCCUGGUAUCAGCUCCCCGAAUGAGCAGUUUACAGGCCAUUCUGUGCCUGAUCCUGGAUUCUACACUCCCGAGAACUACGAGAGAGCGUACAAAUUCCUCGAGUGGAUGACGAAGCGCAUUCAUACCAACGGUAACUACACCACUGUUGGUAUGCUGGAGGUUCUGAAUGAACCUGUACAUGUACCAAAGUGGAAGGAUGAGGCAGCAGACAUGAUUAAGAAUUACUAUCCCAACGCAUACAAGCGAAUUCAAGCUAUGGAGGGCUACUUAAAGGGCAAGUCGUGGGGAUCAGGAGAUCCAAGAACCUCUCUCCCAGAUGAAGACACUGUCUUCUUUGACGCACACCGAUACCUAAGCUUUGACAACAGGAUUGCUGGCAACAAGAAAGCGUACAUCCAGACCGCAUGCAAAGAUGACAUGGGGAGACAUGUUUUCGUUGGUGAAUGGUCUCUAUCAGUGAACAGUACUUUGAAAAACACAGACGAGUUCAAGGUUGAUGGGCAAGAAACGUGGUACAAGGCGUAUUGGGCUGCACAAGCAGAGUCCUUUGAGAAGUCUGACGGAUGGUUCUUUUGGUCUUGGAAAUGUGAUGGCAAGCUGGGUAAACAAGACUGGCGGUGGUGCUACCAGUCUGCUGUUGCCGCAGGGGUUAUUCCAAAGGAUGCCAGCAGCGCUGCGAGUCUGAGUCCUUGCGCUAGAUAUGUUUAG